CACUUUGCAGGAACUCUCGGGGACAGCUGGCCGAACUCUGGAAGUCCCUGGGGCAGAAGCCCCUUCGGGGGCCGCUGUAACUCUGAGAUCUAUGGUACCCGGAAAAGCGUGGGGAUACAGGACGCAGGCAGCAGCCAAUGACGGAGCAGGACGAGGCAUUUGUGAGCAUGCGCGGCGCGUGGGGGUGGGAUUUCCGGCCUCUUCACGGCGGACGAUUUUGGCCUCAGGUUUGUUUACCCUCAGAGGUUAGAGAUCCCACCUUUGGAUCUUGGUGACAAAGUGACACCAAGCGAAGGAAGGCGCUGUCCUUUCGCACAGACUGGGACCCUCGAGUGCCCGACGCCGUCCGGGCAGCUCCGCGCUCGCUGGACCUACAGAGUCCGAUGGCGGCGGCCUCGACUAGGAACCCGGCUGAGGGUGGUGUGACCUUUGAGGACAUUGCCAUCUACUUCUCCUGGAAGGAAUGGAGACUUCUUGAUGAGGCUCAGAGACGGCUGUACUAUGACGUGAUGCUGGAGAACUUUACACUUAUAUCCUCCCUGGGUUGCUGCUGUGGAGCAGAGGAUGCGGAGGCACCCCUUGAACAGAGCGUUUCUGUAGGUGUGUCACAGGCCAGCACGCCCAAGGCAGCUCUGUCUUCCCGGAAGACCCACCCCUGUGAGAUGUGCGGUCCGGUCUUGAGAGACGUUUUCCGCUUGGCUGAGCACCAGGGAAAACCAAGCAGCCAGAAACUGUUGAGGUGUGGGGCAUGCGCACAACGAUUUUACUUCAGCGUAAACUUUCAGCAGCAGCCGGAGCAGCACACGGGAGAGAAACCAUUCAGAAGUAGUGUGGACACGGUCUCUUUUAUGAAGGGAUAUGGAUUCCAUGAUUCAGGAAAACCCUUUAUCUGUACAGAGGUUCAGAAGGACUUCCUGCCUGGCUUGGUGCGUCUGCAGCAGGACGCCAUUCAUACCGGAGAGAAGCCAAACACAAUCAGCCAGUGCAGGGCAACUUUGCAGAGCAGUAAAGGUCCUUACACUCGGGGAGAAUGCAAGGAAGCUUUUGGUCCCAAAUAUACACAUGUUCAGGAUCAGGGUGUCCAACCUGGAAGUCCAUGUUUUGUGUGCAGUGAAUGUGGGAAAACAUUCAGGCAAAAAUCUUUAUACACUAUCCACCAGACAUUCCAUACUGCACAAGGACAUCAUGAGUUUGGCGAAGCUGAAAAAUCCCUUAGACGAAGGUCAGCUCACAGUCUGUACGGAAAGACUCACACUGGGUCUAGGCAAUACACGUGCAACAAAUGUGGGAAAUCCUUAAGCCACAAAUCAGUACUUACUCAUCCCCAGAGAUGGCAUAGUGGAGAAAGUAAUCAUGUUUGCAGUGGAUGUGCAAAAUCUUUUAGCCAUCGCCAGAUGUUGAUUACACGUUCUGUUCAAACCUUAGAAAGGCCUUAUAAUUGUGGUGACUGUGCAAAACGUUUUACCUCUAUCUCUGCUCUCAGUUAUCAUCAGAGAUCUCACACAGGGGAAAGACCUUAUGAGUGCAGUGAAUGUGGGAAGUCUUUUAUCUCCAGUACUGGCUUCCGUUCUCACCAGAGUGUUCACACUGGAGAAAAGCCUUAUGAGUGCAGUGAAUGUGGUAAAUCAUUUUUCUCUAGGUCUGACCUCCAUUAUCAUCACAGAGUUCACACUGGGGAGAGGCCUUAUGAGUGCAGUGAAUGUGGCAAGUCCUUUCACCGAAGAAAUAACCUCAAUGUACACAUAAAGGUUCACUCAAGUGAGAGGCCAUACGAAUGUAAUGAAUGUGGAAAAUCUUUGAAGUGUAAGUCUUCAUUCAUUCAACACCAAAGAAUUCACACAGGAGAAAGGCCUUAUGAGUGCAGUGAAUGUGGGAAAUCUUUUACCACUAGUUUUGUCCUUCGUUCUCACCAGAGAGUUCACACCGGAGAAAGGCCUUAUGAGUGUAGUGAAUGUGGGAAAUCCUUUACUGCUAGCUCUGUCCUCCAUAAUCACCAGAGGGUUCACACAGGAGAAAGGCCUUAUGAAUGCAGUGAAUGUGGGAAAACUUUUACCACUAGUUCUGUCCUGCGUUACCACCAGAGAGUUCAUACUGGAGAAAAGCCUUAUGAAUGCAGGGAAUGUGGCAAGUCCUUUCCCCGAAGAACUAACCUGAAUGUACACAUAAAGGUUCACUCAGGUGAAAGGCCUUAUGAGUGUAAUGAAUGUGGGAAAUCUUUUAAGUGUAAGUCCAAACUCAUUGAACACCAGAGAAUUCACACAGGAGAAAAGCCUUAUUUGUGUAGUAAAUGUGGGAAAUCUUUUAGUCGUAGCCACGCCCUCCAGUAUCAUCGACAAAGUCACCUUGGAAUAAGGCCUUAUGAGUGUAAUGAGUGUGGGAAAUCUUUUGCUUGUAGUUCUUCCCUCCGAUCUCACCAAAGAGUUCACACUGGAGCAAGACCUUAUGAGUGCAAUGAAUGUGGGAAAUCUUUUACAGCUAGUUCUGUCCUUCGUGCUCACCAGAGAGUUCAUACUGGAGAAAGACCGUAUGAGUGCAGUGAAUGUGGCAAGUCCUUUCUCCGAAGAAAUAGCCUCAAUGUACACAUAAAGGUUCACUCGGGUGAAAGGCCUUAUAAGUGUAAUGAAUGUGGGAAAUCUUUUAAGUGGAAGGCAACAUUCAUUCAACACCAGAGAAUUCACACAGGAGAAAGGCCUUAUGAGUGCACUGUAUGUGGGAAAUCUUUUAUCAGUCAUCCUGCUCUUAGUUAUCACCAAAGAGUUCACACUGGAGAAAGGCCUUAGGAGUGCUGUGAAUGUGGGCAGUCUUUCAGCCAAAGCUCCAG